AUGUUUCGUGCAGCCCCACGGUUAAUUGCGCGUCCAGCGCUGCGAGCCGCGCCACUACGGUCUAUUGCGCCGGCCAGACGGUACCUUAGCACCGCUCCACCAUCACAGAAAUCGAGAAGUUUCAAGAGCUUGGUAGCGAGAAUAGGAAUUGCGGGAGCAAUAAUAUACUAUUACAAUACCACGGAUGUCUUCGCAGAGGAGCCAAGACAACUUGUUCAAGCACUCCCAGAAACCGAAGUCGAAUCUGAGCACCUCCCAACCAUCGAGUCCAUCUCUGAAGAGCGCAAGCGGAGGCAAGCAGUACAGGCACAACUAGAUGCUCAGAAGCAGAAAGAGGCUGCGAGCGCACAACAGAAUGCUGAGGGUUCAGCUUCAGAAGAUGGCCAGGGCAGCAUAGAAGGACUACAAGAAGAGGCAGAUCAGCAAGGCGCAUUCAACCCAGAAACGGGCGAGAUCAAUUGGGACUGCCCUUGUCUAGGUGGCAUGGCUCAUGGACCUUGUGGUGAGCAGUUCAAGGCGGCGUUCAGCUGCUUUGUGUACUCUACCGAGGAACCUAAGGGCAUGGACUGUAUCGACAAGUUCAAGGACAUGCAAAACUGCUUCCGCGAAUACCCUGAAGUCUACGGUUCAGAGCUAGACUCGGAUGCCGACGAAGAGGAUGACAUGACAGCCUCCGCCGAAACACCAACCCGCUCUUCGCCCACCUCUACCCCGCCUCCAGACGCUUUCUCCUCCAACGCACAACCAGACUCUUCACCUGAACCUGCUACCAAUGACCAUGCCGCAUCAGCCAAGGGCAAGUUCUCUGGCGAACGCAACUCUAAACCACAGACGCCCGACAACAGCCUAGUACCUGACGAAUACAAGCCAAAUGCCAAGCACAACCCUGUCUACGACGCAAGGGGUGACAUGAGCAGCCUAGACAGCGAAAAGGAGAAGGAGAAGAGCAAGCAAAAGCCAAAGGGCGACAACGAUACCGAGAGGGCGAACAAGGCGAAGGCGCAGGUCAAGAACCAGGAACCUGUUAGCGAGAGUGAGAGCAUGGUGCCCAAGGCUAGCCAUGAUGCGAAUGAGAGGGGAACAGAAAAGCUAGAGAAGAAGUAG